CGUAAUAUCCUUUCUCAUUAUUUCUCCCUCAAAAAAAUUCUCCUUUCUCAUAAUUUUUUUAUUGAUAAUUAAGAUUUUGCACUCCUGACUUCGUCGAUCUAACAACGUUGAGUCUAAUCGAUUAGUCGCAGAAACGACAUUCAAAAUCAAUUGGGUCACGUUUGCAUACUCUCUCGUCAAAAAAAGUUUGCAUAUUCUGAACCCGUUGUUAUCCAACAAGUACGUAAAUGGGAUAAGAUUGCAUACGUCUAAUCCACUAUCGUAAGUUAUCUCGAAUCACGAGUUGAAACUGGUGAUUCGGGAGAAAGUUUGCUUACAUCAGACCUCAUCGCCGGUGAAAACAACAUAGUAUUCCAAAUCUAGUGAAAAUGACGAAUGGAAGUGGAACAUAUAGUGUGGACGAUGCACUAGUGAAAGUGGGGUUUGGAAAAUACCAAUACUUUGUACUUGCGUACGCCGGAAUGGGAUGGAUAGCAGAAGCAAUGGAGAUGAUGAUAUUAUCAUUCAUAGGACCAGCUGUUAAAGUUGAAUGGAAGCUUAGUUCUACUGAGGAGAGUCUCAUAACAACCAUUGUAUUUGCAGGUAUGCUCGUUGGAGCAUAUUCUUGGGGUCUUGUUUCUGAUAAAUUUGGAAGAAGAAAAGGGUAUAUGUUCUCAGCAAUAUUAACUGCUGCAGCUGGCUGUCUAAGUGCAGCUUCUCCAAACUAUGUUGUUUUGCUUGUUGCUCGAUGUAUUGUAGGUGGUGGCGUGGGUGCUGGUCCAGUAUUAUUAACCUGGUUUUUAGAGUUUGUACCUGCACCUAGCCGUGGUACUUGGUUGGUCCUUUUUCAAGCUUUUUGGACUGUUGGUUCUAUUACUGAGGCCGCCUUGGCGUGGGUUGUUAUGCCCAGGUUGGGAUGGAGGUGGCUGUUGGGUCUAUCAGCCUUGCCCUCAUUCAUUUUACUAGUAUUCUACCUUAUUACGCCUGAGUCACCGAGGUAUUUGUGUUUCAAAGGUAAAAAAGACCAAGCUUUUCAAGUCUUGGCAAAAAUAGCUAAAGUUAAUGGCAAAGAAUUACCCACUGGUAUUCUUCUCACUGAUAUGGAACUAGAAUUCCAAGACCAGACUACUCCAGCUCAAGAUAACGUUGUACCUAAAAAUUGCAAGGAUUCAGAAAUGAGCAUAGUAAAAUCAUUUAUGUUGCUCCUUUCACCAAAUCUAGCCCGUACAACUUUGCUCCUUUGGUUCGUCUUCUUUGCAGAUUCCUUAGCUUACUAUGGCCUCGUCUUGCUUACAACUCAGCUCAACAAUACAAACAUUGUAUGCAAUUCUUUGGGACACCAUCAACAGUCACAUAGUGCUGGUGCUGGUGCUGGUAUCAACUAUAAGGAUGUCUUUAUCACUAGUAUUGCUGAACUUCCUGGGCUUGUUGCUGUUGGACUCUUAAUUGAUCGACUUGGGCGUAAGAUAUCAAUGGCAGUGAUGCUUGUUGUAUGUUUUGCAUUCUUGAUACCUUUGGUAGUCCCACGGUCAGAAACUAUUACAACCGUUCUUAUGUUUGGUUCUCGAGCAUCUAUUAUGGGAACCUGGACAACUGCUUUCAUAUUUGCUCCUGAGAUAUACCCAACAUCGGUGAGAAAUACUGGGCUUGGGACAGCAAGUUCAAUGGCAAGAAUUGGUGGGAUGGUUAGCCCAGUGGUGGCAGUAGCCUUAGUACAAGGAUGUCAUCAAAAGACAGCUGUGUUGUUUUUCUGUGGGGUGGUGGUGGCUGCAGCAGUUGCAGUUUUGCUGAUUCCGUAUGAAACAAAAGGUCGUGAAUUGGCUGAUACAAUGGGUAGUUCUAAGCACAGUAGAAAGAAAGCACACAAACCAGACUCGGAUGUGCAGUUAUCACCUACUGUGGAUAAUGCAUAGUUCGUUACAAGUUACAACAACAACAUCAAUUAGGAAACACCUCAUCCUUUUAUUCGGGUGUUUAUUUUAGGCAUUGGGAUAACUAUUUGUUUCAAAGCCAACUUUAGUCUAGACUUUAAACCACUAAUUAAUUAUGUACUAGUUUUCAGAACUUAUCAACUAGUUUUCAGAAUUUUAUCAACUAGUUUUCAGAACUUAUCAACUAGUUUUCAGAAUUUUAUCAACUAGUUUUCAGAACUCUACUCAUGUUUACCUUUUUCCCAGAAAUCUAUGCAAAAAUUUCGACAAUUAUAAGUUAA